AUGUCAGCGCAUGCCAGCGCCUCGACCUCGAGCUCGAACACGGCACCAGCACCUACACCAGCCCAUGCUCGUCCAUCAACGCACCCAUCUCCAGCUAUCGCUCGUCCCGUCGGCGCCCGCACCUCGGCCCUGUCAUCGGCGAACCCAUCCCGCCAGGGCUCGCCCGUCGCACCCAACUCGACCUCGAGUGGAGCGGCCACGGCCACGCCCAACGCGGCUGCCGCUCCCAACUCCACCGCCUUUAGGCCGCUCAAGUCAGUACAGCACGCUUCCAGGGCUCCACCUCAUGGUGCCACAUGAGCACUGACCCCCUCCGUCCCCCGAGCUGCACAGUGUCCGAGAUGCGCUGGCCUACCUCGACCGCGUCAAGCAGCAGUUCUCGGCCGAGUACACCGUCUACGACCAAUUCCUCACCAUCAUGAAGGAGUUCAAGACCCAGGCGAUCGACACACCGGGCGUCAUAGACCGCGUAUCCACUCUCUUCCGCGGCCACCCCUCGCUCAUCCAGGGCUUCAACACCUUCCUUCCCCCCGGCUAUCGCAUCGAGUGCAUCGUCUCGGGCGCCGGCAACGACGCCGGCGCAGCGAGCAACACCAUCACCGUCACCACACCCCAGGGUACCACCACCAGGACCCAGGACGUUGCUGGUAUCGAGGCUCGCGAGUUCGUCAAUGCCGGUGGGGCAGCGACCCCCCAAGGCAAUGGAUCGGCUUCACCCUUGACCGUCGGCAAGCUCGCCUCCGCGAUCGAACCGACUUCACACGUAUCCGCCGCGGCACUGGCCGCACCCUCGGCAGCGUCCACGUCGAUGGCGACCUCCAACAAGCCCUCGGCCUCGACUUCGACGCUCAACCCGGGUAAUCCAACCUCACGCAUCAUCUCGCCCCCGGCCCCGAUUCCUCCCUUCAAUGGCGGCAAGUCUGCAAAUGCUCAGGCCGGGAGCAGCGGCUCGUGGCAGGCGCAACAGCAGCAGCAGCCCCCUCCGACUGCUCCCAAAUCCGUCCGGCCUGCCCAGAACGCUCCAUCGGGACGUCAAUCGAAGCGAGACGACGACGAUCCCAAGGGCAAAGCUGUCGAUGCGAAUGGCGACUCGGCGAUGAGCUCGGCUCAACCUCCCCCGCCCUCCGCUGGACCCCCUGCUCAACCGGCACUAGCGGCUCAAGCACCUACUGUGGUACCAGGAGCGGGUGCCCAACCGCAACUCGAGUUCAACCAUGCCAUCAACUACGUCAACAAGAUCAAGAACCGAUUUACCAAAGAUCCCGAUACGUAUAAGACGUUCUUGGAGAUUUUGCAGACGUACCAAAAGGAGAUGAAGCCGAUUCAAGAGGUGGGAUAUGAUUCAUAUCUGGCUACGGUGUGCGGAAGCUGACAGUACCCCAUGUCUUCAACAGGUGUACACCCAAGUCACGGCCUUGUUCCACACCGCUCCGGACCUCUUGGACGAGUUCAAGGCAUUCCUCCCCGACACGAGCGAAGCCGGCAACGCUGCAGUCGCACCUGGAGGACCUGCCCCUCCACCUGUGGCGCAACCCACUUCCAAAAAGAGCAAAGACGGGUCACAGCAGCGAUCAGCAGAUGCCGGCUCGUCGCGCGAGGACGGUCGAUCCGGACUUGGAUCGAAGAAGGGGGCUUUUGCCGAGGAGAAGAAGAAGCGUGCGGCCGCCGGUGGUUCGGGAGAAAAGACCAAAGUCAAGCGUACGAAAACGCAUCAUGUCGAUUCGCCACCUGUUACUGAGGCUCCUCCUCCCAAGGUCGAUCGAAUCGAGCGAACAUCCGCGAUGACGAGUCAGAGUCAGGCCGGACCACCCGUCGGUGAGCCUCUGCAAGGUCCACCCAUGUACCACCCUCAACCUUAUGGUGCACCCCCGGCGAACUUCCCCGGUGCGGUUCGAUCGCGUUCGGCCUACGAAGCUUACCUCGCCGGCCAUCGUACGCCACAACUCGUCCAAGCCGACGAGUUUUCUUUCUUUGACCGCGUCAAGAAGCACAUCGAUGACCGCACGUCCUACACCGAUUUCCUCAAGCUGUUGAACCUGUUCACGCAAGAGAUAAUCGACACCAAGACCUUGCUCGAGAAGGCGCUCAUUUUCAUCGGGACCAGUGACGAGUUGUUCGCCCAGUUCAAGGAGCUCUGCGGCUGGAACCCCGUUAGUGAUGGUCGAAUCGAAGGCGAGGAUUGGAUCAUUGACAACGAGCCGGCAUGGAAGCGUCCUCCUGUUGACCUGAGGGAGACGAUCGAGUACGGCCCUUCGUACCGUCGCUUACCCGAAUCCGAGAUCGACCUCGCCUGCUCCGCACGAGGCCCGCUCGAAUGGUCCGUGCUGAACGAUGAAUGGGUCGCUUGGGCGACGUCGCAAUCCGAAGGCUCGAACGCGCAUCGCAAGAACCCUUACGAGGAAACGAUGUACUACGCUGAACAGGAACGUCAUUGGUACUCGUGGCAUAUCGAGUCGAACCUGCGCACGAUCGCUCAUUUCGAACCUAUCGCCGCGAGGAUCGCGCGCAUGACCUCGGAGGAACGGAAUGCUUUCCGACUUGAUGGAUUGGGAGGAACGGCUCCGAGUGUGUAUGAACGCAUCAUCCGCAAAAUUUGGGGUAAGGAGCAUUGGCAUGAGAUUGUGCAUUCGUUGUGCGAGAACCCUGCACAGACCGUGCCGUUGGUGUUGGCUCGGUUGAAGCAAAAGGACGAGGAAUGGAAGCGGGCAGAAAGGGAGUGGAACCGCGUUUGGAGGGAGGUCGACCUCAAAAAUUACUAUCGAGCUUUGGAUCACCAGGGUAUUUUGUUCAAGGCUCUGGACAAGAAGGCGACGAUGACUUCGAAAGCGUUGACGAACGAGGUCGAAGCACUCCGAAGGGACCGAACUCAAAAGAGGACCGAUCUCGAUAGCGACGUCGUGCUGAGGCCUUUGCACCAAUUCGUCUUUGGGAUGACGGAUAGGGAUGUGCUCUUUGACGUCAUCAAAUUGACGUUUUCGUACCUCGAUCGAGAACAGAGUGGUUACAGCGUGCCCGAACGAGCUCGUCUCGAAGCAUUUGUGCGACUCUUCAUCCCGCUCUUGUUCGACAUUCCUCAAGCCGAGAUGGACGCGAAUCUCGCACCUCAGGACGAGAGCCAGGACGCGCCUGGGGACGACGACGAUAUCGAGUCUGAAGCCGAUGGCGAGAACGACAAGGAUGCCUCGUCAGGUUCAUCUUUGAACAAGCGCAACGGCGUCAACAAGAAAGGUGGAGCGGCCGAUCUUCGCAAAAGGCUACUCAAACAUGUCGCGAGCUCUUCGCGGCAAAAGGCCGGCUCGCGACCUGGUUCGCCGAAUGGGUUCGAUGAUUUAUUGGGUUCGCUGCCUCCUGGGACGUUGGGGGAACAGAAAUGGAUUCAGCUUUCGAGUGAAUCGGAGGCGGAUGCAGAGGCCGAGGCACCUUCUUCGCCGAGGAGGUACAAUUUCUUCGCCAAUGCGUGCUUCUAUUGUCUGAUUCGUAUGCUUCAUGUGAGUUCUCCUGUGGUUCGCAGCUGAAUAAUACGCUGUACUUGGGGCUGACUUCGCCACCUCAUUUGAUCGUACCAGACCGUCUACCACCGCCUGUUGGCGUUCAAGCAGCUGGCGAACGAGCUGAGCAAGAAGGAGCAGGCCUUCCGAUUGAACCCUCUCGCCGUCGAUCUAGGUCUCGCCCAUCCGAUGCCCAUCAUCGACGAAGGGCCCAACCCUGCGGAACACUACUACGACCACCUCCUCGACCUCGCUGAGAAGCUCUUCGAAGGCGAUAUCGAUCAGCAGACGUACGAAGAACAGCUGAGGUUCAUGGCGAGCAUCAAGGCUUACCCUCUUUAUACGCUCGACAAGCUCAUCGGCGGUGUAAUCAAGCAUGUCCACGUCGCGAACAGCGAUGCCAAGUCACAGGAUCUGACAGCUUUGCUCGAGAAGGAUCGCGCUGGGUCGUACUCGACUGCGAGACAGAUGAUUGCGUACAGAAAUGAGGCCGAGGCCAUCAUUGGUAGUGAUGACAACUUGUACCGGAUAGAAUGGGUGAGUGCAGGCAAGAAAAAAAGGUUGCUCCGAGAUGCUCGUAGCUGAACCAUACGUUGCCCAUGCCGCUCAGAUCCCGGAGUCGCAAGCGCUGACGAUCCAGUUGCUCGGUCGCGAAGACCUGACCCUGGACGAUUCGGACGACCCGCUCGAAUACCAACUGCACCGUUCCUGGAUCGCUUCGUACCCCCUCACCUCUGCGACCGAAGGGGUUGGCGCCAAAGUCAAGGCCCCCUUGUUGAAACGCAACCGCAUGCUCUCGGCUUCCGAGGAUCCACAAGAAUUCGACCUCUUGCCCGGGCUGGAGGCCAAAAUCGUUGCGGGCAACUACCAACUCAAAUUCGUUGCCGGGACGGAGGAUUAUCUUUACCGCAAGAGACCUGUUACGAGGACGCCGACACCGCCGCCUGCUGUCGCUGCUGCUACACCGAAUGGGACGGGCGAGACAAAUGGAGAUGCGGUGGAGGGACAGGUCGCGGAGGGUUCGACGUCAGAAACGGUCGAUGAGGGGACUCUGUCACUGCAGAAACGAAGGGUGGCCAGGUUCGAACGAUGGUUGGAGGCCAAACAUGCGAAAAGGGCCCCUGCGGCUGAAUCGUCUGGAGAACCGGCGGUGCAGUCUCAGGGAACGGCGAUGGAGGAGUGA